CAGACAGGAACCCCCGGGGGGAACAGAUCUCCCGCAGAAACCGGCCGACGGUCCUCCCCCCGGCCUGACCACCCUGCUGGCCGCGCUGACCGUGAGCUCCUCGGCCUUCCAGACGGAUCUGAUCGUGUUCUUGCGGUCGUCAUCAUCAUCAUAAUCUGUGGCGCUCACCCGUUACGCUAACGGGAUUAGCAUGGCUCUGUAGCCUCUGCUGGCCGAGCUGCACCCGUCCACCCGUCCGCCCGUCCACCGAGGCUCAGCUUCCUCACAGCUCCCGCUGCAUUUCUUCUCUUAAAGUUUUGUGGAUUUUCUGCCUUCAACAUGUUGAACCAGGGAGCGGUUAUGAUCUUCACUGGCAUCUGUGGGGCACUGGUGGUGUUGGCAGUGGCGUACUAUGCCUACUGGUCGGUCGUGCUGAGUGAGGGGCCGUGUAAAAGAGGAUUGUAAAACCAGCCCACCGUGGUCGGUGUGGGCAGCCAUGGGUCUGCUGGCCUACUUAAAGAGCCAGUUUGUGCUGCAGCUGCUCAUCGGCUUUGUGUUCGUGGUCAGCGGCCUCAUCAUCAACUUCAUCCAGCUCUGCACCUGCGUGCUCUGGCCAUUCAACAAACAGCUCUACCGCACUAUCAACUGCAGGCUCGCCUAUUCCCUAUGGAGCCAGCUGGUGAUGCUGCUGGAGUGGUGGUCAGGGACCGAAUGCACUCUCUACUCCGACCGGGCGACAGUGGACAUGUUUGGCAAAGAGCACGUCAUCAUCAUCCUCAACCACAAUUUCGAGAUUGACUUCCUGUGUGGCUGGACCAUGUGUGAACGCUACGGCGUGCUGGGGAGCUCCAAGGUGCUGGCCAAACAUGAGUUGCUGAAGGUUCCUUUAAUUGGAUGGACGUGGUACUUCCUGGAGAUUGUCUUCUGUAAGAGGAAGUGGGAGGAGGAUCGGGACACGGUCUUUAAAGGCCUGGGCAGGCUCAAGGAUUACCCAGAAUUCAUGUGGUUCCUCCUCUACUGUGAAGGCACGCGCUUCACAGAGAAGAAGCAUCAGAUCAGUAUGCAGGUAGCUGAGAGCAAAGGCCUGCCCAAACUCAAGUAUCACCUGCUCCCUCGAACCAAGGGCUUCACCACAACACUGGCAUGUCUAAAGGGCACAGUGUCAGCAGUGUAUGACGUGACGCUGAACUUCAAAGACAAGAAGGUCCCCACUCUACUCGGCAUCGUCAGCGGCACCAAGUAUAUGGCAGACAUGAGCAUCAGGCGGUUUCCAGUAGAAGAAAUUCCUGAGGAUGAGAAGGAGUGUGCCACAUGGCUGCAUAAGCUCUACCAGGAGAAGGAUGCAUUGCAGGAGCACUAUGAGACGGAGGGCUCGUUCCCCGGCCCCACCAUCCGGCCGCCCCGCCGCCUCUGGUCGCUGCUCAACUUCCUGUUCUGGGCGGGGCUUCUCCUGUCUCCGCUCAUUCACUUCGCCUGGGGCGUCGUCAUCAGCGGCUCGCCCCUCCUCAUCAUCGGCUUCAUGCUCUUUCUGAUUGUCGCCUCUGUAGCAGUGCGGCGGCUGAUAGGGGUGACGGAGGUGAAGAAGACGGGCUCCAGCUACGGCGAUCCGGAGGCCAAGAAGCAGAAUUAAGAUCUCUCUCUCUUUCCUCUCUCUCUCUGUCUCUCUCUCUCUCUCUUUCCUCUCUCUCUCUGUCUCUCGCUCUCUCCUCUCCCUGAGUGCAGUGGCUUGCGUGCUCUCGCGCUCAGAGCUUCUUUUCGACCACAGCUCCACAAACAAGACAAAGAAACAGCAAAGGGUUCUGGGUA